AUGGAUGUGGACAUUGCCAUAGAAAUCACCAUUGCUAGCAACAACAGCAAUUCAAUUCAGAUUGGCAGAUAUUUAUUGAAUGUCUACUAUGUCAAAGAUUAUUAUGUAGAAAAUGCCUUACAAAGUAGAGAGACUAGAAGUAGAAUGACCAGUGAGGAGGCUAUUGCAACAGUCCUAUCAAGAUAUAAAGAGAAUCUGAACUAUGAUGGUGGUGGUGGAAAGAAGGGGACAGAUUUGAGGCAAUUGUUGAGACAGAAUUGGCAGGUCUUUGGUAAAUGGGUGUAUAUGGCCCUCAGCAGCAGCCUGUACAAGAGCGCAUCUCCCUAUGGCUCUCUCAACAACAUCGUGGAUGGGCUCAGCUCCCUUACCGAGCACUUCUCUGACUUGUCCCUCUCCUCUGAGGCCCGCAAGCCCAGCAAGAGGCCACCUCCUAAUUACCUUUGCCACCUCUGCUUCAACAAGGGGCACUACAUCAAAGAUUGCCCCCAGGCUCGCCCCAAAGGAGAGGGUCUGACCCCGUACCAGGGCAAGAAGCGUUGCUUUGGGGAAUACAAGUGCCCCAAGUGCAAGAGAAAAUGGAUGAGCGGGAACUCUUGGGCCAACAUGGGACAAGAAUGUAUCAAGUGUCACAUCAAUGUGUACCCUCACAAGCAGAGACCUUUGGAAAAACCAGAUGGCCUGGAUGUCUCAGAUCAAAGCAAAGAACACCCUCAGCACCUGUGUGAGAAGUGCAAAGUCUUGGGCUACUACUGCCGGCGAGUGCAAUAAAACCUCCCAGAGAUAGUGGGCCUUCCCCCCACCACUCAGCCCCUAGAGCUUCUGGUGGCAGGCACCAUGGGGCACCCUGUUCCUACCCGAUCUGCAAGAGUCAUGACACAAAUGCGACCUCUGGGAAGAAAAAAAAAAAAGACAUCACCCGUGAUCACCUUUCUAUAAAGGAAUAACAUGCCUUACAGUUA